CUUUUACUCACUUUUUAGCUACGAUUCACCUAUUGCCUAUACGUCCGUUGGAUUUCGUAGAGAAAUUGACGACUCGAUGGACCAUUCGGCGGUAAAAUUUUUGGCGCCAUUGUUUCCAGGAGAAUAUCACUGACGAUUGCGUUAUGCGAUGAUAAACCUAUUUGAACGUGGAAUCCAUGAACGUGACACAAAUUAAAUUGGAGCAGGAGAAAAGAACAAUAAAAUGAAACUACGAGGCGGGCGUAUUUUUCAUUAAACUCGCCAAAUGAUCCGGGUGUAGCGGCGUCGUGUUUUUUUCGUUUUGAAUUUUUCUCGAUAAUCUGAAAUCUCUAUAUCUAUUUUUUAUGGCGAUACCGUACUUCGUGGAAUGAUAAUAUCUGUACGUUUAGAGAGUAAUUAUUGCUAUUACGAAAUAAUUACCAUUUUGUGACGUAGUGUAUUACCUUAUGUGCAGUACAUACACAGGGUAACCGAAAAUAGCGCUAUUUCUUGUCUCGAGUUGGACACGGAUUGACAAAAAAAGUUUUUUAGGACCCUUCAUUUCGGAGUAAUUAGUAAAAAGAUCCAUCCAAUUAGCGCCUAGUUUUGACCGGAGCCUGGCUAAUCACCGGUCAAAUCUAGAAUAUUCUCAAUGCUCGCUCUGCUGAGAUGGAAUUUGAAUACAAAUAAUGAAUGGAUUUGAUGUAUCAGCCUGUUUGAUAUUUCACAGAUAAAAAUGUAUCAAUUCAUUGAAAUCCCGAUGCCGAUAUCCAAAUUAUUCGUCUCUACACCGCGCAUUGAGAAUCACCGUCUUGUAGAGCGUCCGCCCGGGCUCCAGUCAAAAGAACGCCCUGUUCGGGUGUAUGUUAUUUAUAUAAUUACGUCAAAACCGAAGGUCGCAUAGAUUCCUUUUUUUUCUAUUGGCCAAUUCGUGUCUAACUUGAGUCAAGAUAUCGCGCAGCGUGGCGAUUGCCCGCAAAUUUCGGGUGACCCUGUAUACGUACCUCUACAUUAUACAUAAAAUGGCACGACGCACAAUGGAACAAGAGAGAGAAUUGGUAUGACUGUCAUAAAUAUUUUUUGCAACCCAUUACGAGAGCGGUUAAAUGAACGUUCGUGUAAAAUAUGAAAUAUGUAAAAAAAUUUUUUAGAAAAAGUAUAAAAAAAACAAAAACAUUAAAACCUGCUCGUAUCAUGAAAGGACGUCAUUACAGGGAUGGGGGACAACAAUGCGCGCCGUUUCUAUGUACGGGUUAUACAAUAUACGUACGUACAUACCAGAGAUCGAAGUCGUGACACGUGUGAAUGAACAUGUCGCAUGGGUGUGCGACGCACACUUUUCGGUUGACCUAAUAACGGCAGCCUCCGUGCCCGCUUUUACUAUUUUUGUCAGUAUCAAGUACCUCACACAUACCUAUAUACUCGGAGGCCUAGUGGUUUAGACAAGUGAAAAUGAGGAGGGAAAGUUCAUUCGAAAUUCCUUUGCCUUUUAUUCAUCGACGCUGCAGGAAGCGGCGAGCGAAAAUGAAAAGAGGGGGCUUCGAUAUUCGCGGACAUUCGUAAGAUAAUGCUUAUUUGAAGAAAAAAAAUUGUUCGAGCACAGAAAAUCCUUCGCCCGAAGCAAGAGGAGGAACAAUCGGUUGAGAUCGAGUUAAGGAGAGGCUAAGAAUGUCCAGAAUUCAAAGAUAUUACAGGUACAAAAUAUGUAGAUUGUAGAGUAUCGCCGGUGCGGCGUUGGCGAUUUUCCUCAGGACUUAAACAGCAUAACGUAACGAGCAGUAGAGGGUACGUUACCCGGCCAACCUGGGUCGGGGUGUCGACCCAAACUUUCCAUGACAACCGUUAUCCCCGUUUUCAAACAAUGGAAAAUUACCGGGUGCCAAAACCAAACUUCUGUCAUUCCACUGACAGCUAGAAUCCGAAUGCGAAUGUUUCUUUGUUCGUUACUUUUAUUUUAUCUUCUGUUUUCGUAGAUCGAAAGAAAUUCGCCUGCUUUCGUAUUUGAUACACGUGUAUAAGCUUCUUUGAAUUUUUGAGAAAGAUUUUUGUCGCAAAUCCGGACAGUCAAGAUGCUGAAAUUUCAACUAGCCACGCCGCAGGAUCUCAAGAUCGCCGCCAACAUAGAACGCAAGCGACAGACCGAAGAGGCCAGAAAACCCCGGAUUUUCAACCCUCGGUCCAGGCGCAUCGGGAUCGACAAAGAAUUCCUCGACAAGCAAGUGGAAGAAAAAAAGAGACUCGCUCAAUCGGAAAAAGAGAAAGAACAUCAGAUGGAUCAACAGCUAGUGCGAAGUAGCCAGUUGGCUAUGAAGCUGGAAAAACGUGAGGAAGAGGAGAGACGAAAAAUUAACAAAGAGAUAAACACCUUUCGCACUAUCUACCAACGCCCCGAAGAUCGCAGAGACUUUGACCUUUACGACCCUGACAUCUUGAAGAAGUCGAUGCCGCCCCGACUCAGAGACGACGAUCCUCGCCUGGGUCUUGCUUCGGCGCAAAAGUUCGAAGGAGAGGACGUAAAUUCGGAAGAGCGAUCGAGGAUACUGAAGGAACAGAUGCAGUCAUGGCUCGAACAGCAAUCUCAUGAGCGAAGGAUGGCGGAAAAGGAGCAUAAAGAAGCGGAGGAAGCUUAUCAAAAAGCGGUUAUAGCUAGAGACAAAAGAGCCAUUACUCUAGAUAAAUUGGAGCAAGAAUGUCGUCGGAAACUGAAUGAAGCAACGGCAAGAUUUAAUAAAGCUCUCGCUGAAGAACAGGACUACCGCCGAAGGACCACUGCGAUGCAAGAAGAGGAAGAUAAAAAAGCGGAAAUCUAUAACCACGUGACCGGUGAUUUCCUCACCGAGGCACCGGAACAAGCAAUGAGCAAUAAAGGGCCGAAUAAACCACUGGCGAGUCGGUACAAGGGCAUGUCUGCUGCUGAACUCAAAGCUUACAGGGACGUUCAAGCAGUACAGAUGGAAGAGAUUAUCAAAAUGAAACGCGAGGAGAAACGCAGAGACGAAGAAUGGGAUAGACUAAUGGCGGGGAACGCUCACGCCGCAGUAGCAUUUGAACGAGAACUGGAGCGCAAAAAGAGGCAAAUCAGCAAACAAGUCGCAGAGCAAAAUCUACAGCUAGCUGAACAACAAAAAUCGCAACAAAAUUACCUAAACCGUGUAGUUUAUAAGAAUAAACCUACUGCUGCAUUUUUCGAACAAUUCAAUAAAGGCACGCGGUAGAAUCGAUGCAGUUCUAUACAAAAAACUCAUACGAAUUAGGGAGCUCGAUCUAUGCUUACGACCGUAAUUUUUUAAUAUGGAAACUUUUUCGUGCCUAUAAGGCGUAUAUGUAUCCGCCGUUUGGUAUGAUUUAAUUGUCGAUCUCUCAUCAUUUCUAAAAUUGGUAAUCUUAAACUUCGUGAAAACUAUAAUAUAGUGUUUUUACAUUGGAUACCUAAUAAAACAAGUGCAAAUAA